CGCUCCCGGCUCCGCGCUCCCCUCCGGUGAGCACGGAGCAGCGGGAUGGAGGAGGAGGAGCUGGCUUGGGAGACCCACGGCUUGCUUCCCCUGGAGAGACAGCUCCAUGAGGCCUCUCGCACGAAUCAAGUGGGAAGGAUGAAGGAACUGUUUGAGAAGAGGGUUGACAUCAGGGCUCGAAACCACGUGGGCAGAGUGGCCCUGCACUGGGCUGCAGGUGCUGGGCACGAUCAGGCUGUGCGGCUGCUCCUGGAACACGGGGCUGCUGUGGACGACGUGGACUCGUUUGGGAUGAACGCACUUCUCCUGUCUGCCUGGUUUGGCCACUUGCAGAUUGUGCAGAUCCUGGUCAAUGCUGGGGCCAAGGUCCAGUGUGAGAGCAAGGAGGGCCUGACCUUACUGCACUGUGCGGCUCAGAAAGGCCACGUGCCUGUGCUGGCCUUUGUCAUGGAAGACCUAGAGGAUGUGGCCUUGGACCGCACAGACAAGCUGGGAAGAACAGCAUUUCACAGAGCAGCUGAGCACGGACAGCUGGAUGCUUUGGACUUCCUCGUGGGCUCUGGCUGUGACCACAGUGUCAAAGACAAGGAGGGGAACACAGCCCUGCACCUGGCCGCCAGCCAGGGCCAUGUGCUAGUGCUACAGAGACUUGUGGACAUUGGGCUAGACGUGGAGGAGCAGAACACGGAGGGUCUGACUGCUUUGCAUGCAGCCGCAGAAGGGUUCCACGCCGACUGUGUGAGGCUUCUCAUCAGGGCCGGGAGCUACGUGAACGCCCUCACCCAGAAAAAGCUGAGCUGCCUUCACUACGCAGCCCUCAGCGGCUCUGAGGAUGUGUCUCGGGCACUUAUCAAAGCAGGAGGGUGCACCAAUGUAGCUGACAAGCAGGGUACUACUCCUAUACACCUUGCUGUGAAGUACAACUUCCCUGGCCUGGUCCGGCUCCUCAUAGAUGCCCACAGUGAUGUGGAUGCCAUGGACAUUAGGCAGCAGACUCCCCUCCAUCUUGCUGCUGAGCAUGCCUGGCAGGAUGUAGCAGAGAUGCUUCUUGUUGCUGGAGCUGACUUAAGCCUGAGAGAUAAGCAAGGAAAAACAGCCCUGGCAGUGGCCGCCCGUAGCAACCACGUCGGCCUGGUGGACAUGAUCAUAAAAGCGGAUCGUUUCUAUAGAUGGGAGAAGGACCACCUUUUGUGCAGGAACGCCAGCAACCCGUCUAGGAAGAACUUGGCCUUUAAGCAAGACCAUCGGCCGGAAACACAGCAGCUCCGCUCCGUGCUUUGGCGACUGGCCUCCCGGUACCUGAGACCCAAUGAGUGGAAGAAACUGGCCUAUUCCUGGGAGUUCACGGAGGCUCAUGUCUGUGCCAUUGAGCAACAGUGGACAGGAACCAAGAGCUACCAGGAGCACGGUCACCGGAUGCUGCUCAUCUGGCUGCACGGUGUGGCCACAGCUGGGAAGAACCCCAGCAAAGCUCUGUUCGAGGGUCUUGUUGCCAUUGGCAGGAGAGACCUGGCUGCCACCAAAGUCACCAGUGGCACUGUAAUCCUUACCUUCCCUACUAUCUCUGCCUUCUAG